CCCCCGCUCACACACGCGCGCACGCUGCCUCUCAUUCCCUCUUCUCCCGUAGCCGCGCCGAUAGCCGCCGAAUGAGGGAGAAAAGUUGAGGGAUUAAACCAAUAUGAAGCAUCAUUGCUCGUAGCGGUGCCCUACACAGAGCAGAGCAGAAUCCAGCGAGCAUCCCCGCAGGAAUGGAGUCGGUAAAACAAAGGAUUUUGACCCCUGGCAAGGAGGGAUUGAAGAAUUUUGCUGGUAAAUCGCUUGGUCAACUCUACAGAGUCCUAGAGAAGAGGCAGAAGCCCGGGGACACCAUCGAGCUGACGGAAGAUGGGAAGCCCAUGGAAGUGCACGAAAAGAAAGCCCCGCUGUGCGACUGUACCUGCUUCGGGCUGCCCCGGAGGUACAUCAUUGCCAUCAUGAGUGGACUGGGUUUCUGCAUUUCCUUCGGAAUCCGAUGUAACUUGGGAGUGGCCAUCGUGGAUAUGGUCAAUAACAGCACCAUACACCGAGGAGGAAAAAUUAUUAAAGAGAAAGCGAAGUUUAAUUGGGAUCCCGAAACAGUUGGCAUGAUCCACGGCUCCUUUUUCUGGGGAUACAUAAUCACCCAGAUCCCCGGCGGGUACAUCUCAUCCCGGCUGGCAGCGAACAGGUUCUUUGAAGUACCAGUCACUACAAGAGGGGGACUGGAGGAGCUGGUGGCUGUGACUGAUCAGCACCAGCUAACUUGUGGCACCCCCAUUCCCCAGGGGGUCACCUACCCAGCCUGCCACGGCAUUUGGAGCAAGUGGGCCCCCCCAUUAGAAAGAAGUAGGUUAGCAACCACCUCCUUUUGUGGUUCCUAUGCAGGAGCUGUCAUUGCAAUGCCUUUAGCUGGGAUUCUGGUGCAAUACACGGGGUGGUCUUCUGUGUUCUAUGUGUAUGGGAGCUUUGGUAUAGUCUGGUACAUGUUUUGGCUUUUGGUUUCAUAUGAGAGUCCUGCAAAGCAUCCUACGAUCACAGAUGAAGAAAGGAGAUACAUAGAAGAAAGCAUUGGAGAGAGUGCCAACCUCCUAGGUGCAAUGGAAAAAUACAAAACUCCAUGGAGAAAAUUUUUUACAUCUAUGCCAGUCUAUGCAAUAAUAGUUGCAAACUUCUGUAGAAGCUGGACUUUUUAUUUGCUGCUCAUUAGUCAGCCUGCUUACUUUGAGGAAGUGUUUGGAUUUGAAAUAAGCAAGGUGGGUAUCUUAUCUGCUGUGCCACAUUUAGUGAUGACAAUUAUUGUUCCUAUUGGGGGACAAAUUGCAGACUUUUUAAGAACCAGGCAGAUUCUUUCAACCACUAAUGUGAGAAAGAUAAUGAACUGUGGAGGUUUUGGUAUGGAAGCAACUCUUCUUCUCGUGGUGGGGUAUUCACACAGCAAAGGAGUGGCUAUUUCAUUCUUAGUUCUUGCUGUAGGCUUUAGUGGAUUUGCCAUAUCUGGAUUCAAUGUCAACCAUUUAGACAUUGCCCCAAGGUAUGCCAGCAUCUUAAUGGGGAUUUCUAAUGGAGUCGGGACCUUGUCUGGAAUGGUUUGCCCUAUAAUUGUUGGAGCAAUGACAAAGAACAAGACACGUGAAGAAUGGCAGUAUGUCUUCCUCAUCGCUGCUUUAGUUCAUUAUGGAGGUGUAAUCUUCUAUGGCAUAUUUGCUUCAGGAGAGAAACAACCCUGGGCAGACCCUGAACAGACAAGUGAGGAGAAAUGUGGCUUUAUUCAUGAAGAUGAACUUGCUGAAGAGACAGGGGACAUUACCCAGAAUUAUGUAAAUUAUGGUACCACCAAGUCUUAUGGUGCUACAACCCAAGUCAACGGUGGCUGGCCUAAUGGUUGGGAGAAGAAGGAGGAAUUUGUACAAGAGGAAGUACAAGACUCAUACAACUACAAGGAAGGAGAUUAUUCAUAACAAACCUAAAUAUUUGGUAUAUUUUGUAGUGUUUGUGAUUAAAUUCAUUGUGAUUGUUUGCACACGGAAAUAAAAUGUGGUAUAAACAUGUAAACACAUAUCAAACAGGAAGGUCUUACUGUAAAAAAAGUACAUCAAAGUGCAAUCUGUAUGAGUUGUGACAUGUUAUCACUUUCAUUAGGUUAUAUUUGUUCUAUAAACAUUAGAGUUUUAAGGGUUUACUGGUCAAAACUAUAGAGGCAAUUAGAUACUUACAGUAUACAAGAGCUAAAACUCAUAACUAAAGAUUAAAGCACAACUAAGCAACCAAGUUGGCACAUCUAAUGCUCUUUUAGCAAGCCAAAAUUACUUGACCAUUAAAAAUGCACUUAUAUAUUUGUUACACUGUAUUGAAAGAGAUUGUGUUAAAGACACACAUUUACUCAGUGCAAUGUAGGAAUUGUGUGUUUAGCCUAGGACAAGAGCUUUCUCAAAGAAGAAAGGUUGAGUCCUGGGCAUUUACAAGGAUUGAUCCAGUUCCCUUCAUGGUAAUUGUAUCAAGCCUAAAGAACAAAUAGGGCAUAUUGUAUGUUUAUCGUGAUUACAUGCUGCAGGCUACUCCGUGAUGAAUAAAGGAAUUAUUUAGGAGUUUUAUACUGAAUGUUUGGGCACAAAUUCUUAUUUCUGUUGUUUACAGAACCUUGUGAAAUUAUAGAUAUUGUCAUGUUCUUCCCUGCAUUUAUCAACUAAUAUAAAAACAAUAUAUAAUAUUAAGCCUGACUUUUCAGGCAGACUGUCAAAUCCCUCUAUCAGAAAACAAGCUUUAUGAUUCUGUUCUUUGCAGUAUAUUCCAAAUUUGUACUGAUGUCUUUAGAGAGAGAAAAAAAUCAAUAUAACAUAGAAAAAAAUAUAGUCUUUUACAAAAUUCCAAAGAGAAAUUUACUAAGAGCAAGUAGCCCUAUGGAUGCAUUUGUUUUGCAGAAUAUUUUGAAGCCAAUAGAAGAAACAGAGAAUAAUUUAACCCUUAUCCUUCCCUUAAUAGCUUUCAUAUUUUUACACAUCGUGCCACAGUUGUAUACAUAGAUAUAAGUUUAUUGAAGAUACUGUAAUUAUAGAAAAUGUUGUUAUUUUAGAAAUCCCUGAAAUAAAAGAUGUAUUUGUCUUUCGAUUAAACCUAAUAAUAAUGGACACUGAAUAUGAGUAACCUAUAAACUCACAAUAAACCAAAGUGGUAAAUAACUAGUGUUGGGUUGAAAGAAGCCAACAAGCAUCAUGCUUGUCUUUUUAUCAUAACUCAACAGUGACUGCAACAUUAGUGUACCAAGCAAUAAGUGCAAUGCAUUAUGAAGUGCAUAAUCUUCUAGACUAUAUAUUAACCUUCAUUUAGCUUGUUGUAUAUAUUUGGGGUUGUUGGGAUUGAACCAAACUGAACCAACUGAAGUUAGCAACACCAGACCACUUCUUAAUACUCUAAAAUGACAACAACGAUCCAUUUCUUAAUUCAAUCAAAUGAUUAUUAUUGUAUGUAAUAAUCCAUUCUGGAUUCUUGGUCUGUUCAUUGUAUUGUGCUAGUGAUUGGAAACCCUGCUACCGCAAUAUACAACUUGAGGAUUGUUUCUUCUCCUUUUUUUUUUUUUUUAAA